AUGACCGUCCAGACCGUUGAGUUUACGCCCUUCAGCGACCAGAAGCCGGGAACGUCCGGUCUUCGUAAGAAGGUCACUGUCUUCCAGCAGAAGCACUACAGCGAGUCGUUCAUCGCCAGCAUCAUCCUGUCCAUCCCCGAGGGCGCCGAGGGUGCCUCGCUCGUGAUCGGUGGUGAUGGCCGCUACUACAACCCGGAAGUGGUGCAGCUGAUCGCACGGAUCGCCCCGGCAUACGGCGUUAAGAAACUGCUGAUCGGACAGCAUGGCAUCCUCUCGACGCCGGCAGCCAGCCAUCUGAUCCGCAAGCGCAAGGCGACGGGCGGCAUCCUGCUGACGGCCAGCCACAACCCGGGCGGGCCCAAGGCAGAUUUUGGCAUCAAGUACAACCUGGCCAACGGUGGGCCGGCGCCCGAGUCGGUGACGAACCGCAUGUUCGCCACGGCCAAGGCGCUGACUGAGUACAAGCUACUGCCGCUGGACGUCGACGUCGACACGACGACGGUGGGCGUGCGAAGCUACGGCGCGCUCGAGGUGGAGAUCGUCGACAGCACGGCCGACUACGUCGCCAUGCUCGAGGACAUCUUCGACUUCGACCUCAUCCGCAGCUUUUUCCGCGCUCAUUCCGACUUCCGCGUCCUCUUUGACGGGCUUCACGGCGUCACCGGGCCGUACGGCAAGGCCAUCUUUUUCGAGGCGCUCGGACUCGGUCCUGCCAGCGUCCAGAACUGUGAGCCCAGCCCUGACUUUGGUGGCGGCCACCCGGAUCCCAACCUGACGUAUGCCCACUCGCUCGUCGACGCGGUCGAGAAGGACCAGGUUCCCUUUGGCGCUGCCUCCGACGGUGAUGGCGACCGCAACAUGAUCUACGGUGCCGGCGCCUUUGUCUCGCCCGGCGACAGCCUCGCCAUCAUCGCUCACCACGCACAGCUGAUCCCCUACUUCCGCCGCAACGGCGUCUACGGCCUCGCCCGCAGCAUGCCCACUUCGGGCGCUGUUGAUCUCGUGGCCAAGAAGCAAGGCCUGCAGUCGUACGAGGUUCCGACCGGCUGGAAGUUCUUCUGCGCCCUCUUUGACGCCGACAAACUCUCGAUCUGCGGCGAGGAGAGCUUCGGCACCGGUAGCAACCACAUCCGCGAAAAGGACGGCCUCUGGGCCAUUGUCGCCUGGCUCAACAUCAUCGCCGGUCUCGGCACUGCCAACCCGGCUGUCACGCCGACCAUCCGCCAGAUCCAGACCGACUUCUGGGCUGAGUACGGCCGCACCUUCUUCACCCGCUACGACUACGAGAACGUCGACUCGGACGGCGCCGCCAAGGUCGUUGGUGUCCUCCGCGACCUCAUCGCCGAUCCGGCCUUUGUCGGCAGCUCCGUCGAUGGUCGCCAGGUCACCGAGGCCGGCGACUUCUCCUACACCGACCUUGACGGCUCUGUCUCCGACCACCAGGGCCUCUUCGUCCGCUUCGGCAACGGCACCCGCAUCGUCGUCCGCCUGUCCGGCACUGGAUCCAGCGGCGCCACCAUCCGCCUCUACAUUGAGCAGCACAGCAACGACCCUGCCACCUACGACAAGGAUGCCCAGGAUGUGCUCAAGCCCGAGAUCCACCUGGCCACCACGCUGCUCAAGUUCAAGGAGUUUGUCGGCCGCGACGAGCCCGACGUCAAGACGUAG